CCCUUCCUCUCCCCUCCUCCUCCCUCCCUUCUCUCCUCUCCUCCUUCGUCCCUCUCCACCCCUCCCUUCCCAUCUUCUCCAUGCUCUUCUCUCACUCUUCCCCUGUCUUUCUCUCCUUCCUCUGCCUCUGCCUCUUCCCCAUCAUCGGAGUCUACAUAGAGCAAGGGGUGGUGGUGAGGAGGGGGAAGAGGGAAAGUUUUGCGGCACCCCUCCGCCGCUUCUCCGGCCCCCGGCCCUCCUCCAGGGUAACAGCCCCUCCCACUUGCAGAGAUCGCACGGGCGAAGGUGAGCGGGGUCUGGCGGCUGGGCGCCGAGACGGAAUGCCAUGCAUCUCGAGGGGCUUGAGAUGAUAGCCGUCCUUGUGGUGGUCGCCCUGUUUGUCAAAGUACUGGAACAGUUCGGACUUUUUGAGCCAGUGGUCAUCGAAACAGUUUAGGGCCCAGGUUCGAGGACUGGCGACGAAGCUAAAUGACAGAUAGUUUUGUUCAAUAUGGCAACCAGCCACGUCAUAACACAAAAGCAUUAAAGCAGCGUUUCCUGAAAAUCUUACCAUGCUGUCGACCUAAGCUGGUUCCUUCACUCAGUGAAUGCAACAUCGAGGAUGAUUUUGAGCCCUCCACCGUGUGUCACCGGCCUGAAGGACUCGAACAGCUUCAAGGACAAACAAAGUUCACCAAGAAGGAGCUACAGGUCCUCUACCGGGGUUUCAAAACCGAAUGUCCCAGUGGUGUGGUUAAUGAAGAGACAUUUAAACAGAUCUAUUCCCAGUUCUUCCCUCAAGGAGAUUCCAGUAUGUAUGCACACUUCCUGUUUAAUGCUUUUGAUACUGACCAUAAUGGCUCCGUCAGCUUUGAGAAUUUUGUGACAGGCUUAUCUGUAAUCCUUCGAGGCUCUGUUGAUGACAAACUGAACUGGGCCUUCAACCUGUACGAUCUAAAUAAAGAUGGCUGCAUUACCAGAGAGGAAAUGUUGGAUAUUAUGAAAUCCAUUUAUGACAUGAUGGGGAAGUACACCUACCCAACGGUGAGGGAGGAAUCCCCUCAGGAGCACGUGGAAACAUUCUUCCAGAAAAUGGACAAGAAUCGGGACGGGGUGGUAACUAUCGAGGAAUUCAUCGAAACUUGUCAAAAGGAUGAAAACAUCAUGAAGUCAAUGCAGCUUUUUGAGAAUGUCAUCUAGAGGUCAGAGGUGGGGCUGAGGUCAGUGCUGAGCUGACCUCUGACUCCUCGCCUUCUGUCCUUGGUGGGCCGACCUUGGGCCUUUGACUUGUUCAAUGGGGAGCUUCAACUUCUGAAUCAGAACUUCAUUUGGAGGUGGGGGAGGUGAAGGUUUGGACAACGUUAUUGACCACAGACGUGGAGAGGAAAGAAAGAACAGGCCUCCUGUGACGGACAUUUUGUACUUUUUCACGGACCUGCUCGAGAAUGCAAAGAAUCGGCAUGGAAGAACCUCACAGUGUUGCAGCUGUGGGGUGUGCAAGUCACAAUACAUGCGCCCAAGUGCGGAGGGCACAGAUCUACACAGCAUGUUACUGGGUCACACUAUAAGCAUCUUUAUACAGAAAUGCAAGGUUGCAUGGGGGCAAAAAAUGGCGAAUUACCUGCAGUCCAUCCCUUCCAUCUGUCACGUUGCCUGCUGUAUGAGGUCAGACCCACGGAACAAAGUCCGCCUGUGCCAAAAUGUCUUCCUUGUCCCCUUCAGCUUCAUUGCCCAGGUUUAGAUUCUAACCCCACGGGUCAAAAAUAAACCUCAUGGGAUAAUGUGGAGGGAGCUUCACUCUGUAUCUAACCCGUGCUGUCCCUGUCCUGGGACAGUGUAGAGGGAGAUUCACUCUGUAUCUAACCCGUGCUGUCCCUGUCCUGGGAAUGUGUGAUGGGACAGUGUAGAGGGAACUUCACUCUGUAUCUAACCCGUACUGUCCCUGUCCUCGGAGUGUGUGAUGGGACAGUGUAGAGGGAGUUUCACUCUGUAUCUAACCUAUAGUGUCUCUGUCCUGGGAGUGUGUGAUGGGACGGUGUAGAGGGAGCUUCACUCUGUAUCUAACCCGUGCUGUCCCUGUCCUGGGAGUGUGUGAUGGGACAGUGUAGAGGGAGCUUCACUCUGUACCUAACCCAUGCUGUCCCUGUCCUGGGAGUGUGUGAUGGGACAGUGUAGAGGGAGAUUCACUCUGUGUCUAACCCGUGCUGUCCCUGUCCUGGGAGUGUGUGAUGGAACAGUGGAGACUGUAUAGUGACCUCACAUUGCAACAAUCCAUUGUCUAGAAGCUUUGUAGUAAAGAAUAUUCUUGCAUCUCCAAUAAUCUCUCAAUGGACCCUUCACAAAUAUAUCAGCAAAUGUCUCUGCCAGAUGUUAUCUAGUUUACUAAAGUCCUCUAAGUGAAUAGACCCUUUAUAAUAGAGCCUUCUUCCAAGGUGAACCUUGCAAAUGUGGGUAACAGUUGUCAACUGAUCAAAGACAAUGUAAGUGGGUGAGCCCACUUGAAGAGCUGGGGAAGUAUUGAGAAUAUCUCAAAAUAAUUUAACACAUUUUGGAAGCAGUUUCAUCACUGUCUAGAGAAAUUGUUCCCAUUCUCUGAAUUUAGUGACUUGUGCCUCUAUGAAGGCAACAAUGCUUCAAAUUGAGUGGCUGCUUCUCAAUGGAAUGGUGACUAUUAAUACCUGACACUGACUGACAGAAGAACGCAGUGAGACAUCUCAAACACUUGGACCUAGAGUUAGGAGGAAAGAUGGUUGGAGAGAUUUGUAGAUGGAAUUCCAAUACUUGGGCUCUCUGUGAACAGAGUACAUAGAAGAUUACAGAACAGUACAUACACUAUGGCCCACGAUGUUCUGUUCAUCUUUUAGAAAUCUAACCCUUCCCUCCCACAUAGCCCUCUGCAUUUCUAUCAUCAAAGUGCCUAUCUAUUAGUCUCUUAAGUAUGUCUCAUACAUCUGCCCCACCACCACCCUUCCACCCACCACUCUUUGUAUUAAGAACUUUCCCCUGACACCCCCCCCCCCAUUAUACUUUCCUCCAGGCGCCUUAGAACACCCUCUAAUUCCUGAUGAAGGGUCCGAAACAUCGAUUGUUUAUUCAUUUCCAUACAUGCUGCCUGAUCUGCUGAGUUCAUCCAGCAUUUUGUGUGUGACACUUUAAAAUGGUGCCCCUUCGUAUCCGCCAUUUCUGCCCCGGGAAAAAAUCUCUGUCUGUCCACUCGAUCUAUGCCCCUUAUCACCUCUGUCAAGUUGGCUCUCAUCCUCCUUUGCUCUGCGGCAGAAGGUAACUCGCUGAAGAUGGUGCAGCUGGAAACUGGAACUUCCAGAGGUCUCCUGGCGUGGAAGAUUUCAAAGACAUGGGCUGGAUUAAGUUACAGUCACAGGGUGUACUGGAACAUGAGGAUGAGAAUUCCUCAUUCAGAAGGAGGAUUCCUUUAUUGUGAGCAGUUUUGGGCCCCAUAGGAUGUGCUGGCAUUGGAGAGGUUCCAAAGGAGGCUCAUGAAAAUUAUCCCAGGAAUGAAAAUGUUAACGUAUGAGGAGCAUUGAUGGCUCUGGACCUGUACUCACUGAAAUUUAGAAGAAUGAGGGGGACACCAUUGAAACCGACUGAUUGUUGAAAGGCCUAGAGAGAAUGGAUGUGGAGAGGAUGUCUCCAAUAGUGGGAGAGUCUAUGAUCAGAGGGAAGAGCCUCAGAAGAGAAGGUCAUCCCUUUAGAACAGAGAUGAGGAGGAAUUUCUUUAACCAGAUGGUGGUGAAUCUGUGGAAUUUGUUGCCACAGAUAGCUGUGGUGACUAAAUCAUUGGGUAUAUUUAAAGCAGAGGUUCACAGGUUCUUAAUUAAGAAGAGCAUCAAAGGUUAUGGGGGAGAAGGCAGAAUAAUGACGAUGAGAGGGGUAAUAAGUCAACUAUGAUUGAAUGACAGUGCAGACUUGAUGGGCCGAAUAGCCUAAUUCUGAUCCAAUGUCUUACGGUCUUAUCUCACCCUGAAUGAGGAUCCCUCACGCAGAAUGAGAAGUCUUCACUUGGAGUGAAAAGUUUUCACUCAGAAGUCCUCUUUCAGAAUGAGGAUUAUUCUUUAAGAAUAUGUCAAGAAGCACAAGGAAUGUUCCCUGGAGAAAUUGCUCAUUGUCAGACCCAGCGGGUUAGGUUUUGGUACCUGGCGUUCAGUGAAGCCAAACACCCUUGAAAUUCCAACGUAUCACUGCCGAUGAGAGCACUGGAGAAUCUCCCCGUCUGAAAGGCUGGUGGAGACAGAAUCUGCACAAAGCAUAGGUGAGGGUGACCACUUUAACACUGGGAGUGCAACAGACUGUGAGUGGAGAAGCCAGAGUAACCUCAGCUCCACAGGGACAAUGGUGGAUCAGAUGGUGCCCUAAGGCUGUAAAUUUCUCUGGUUUAUAACCCUCCCUCCUGAGCCGUCUCUUCAACAUGCACCAAGUUGAAGCGAUAGCCACCAUUCCCCGCCCUUUGUUAGGCACUCCAGACCCCUGAAGGAGAGCGUAGGAAGUGACAUCAAGAAGUAAAAACAAAAGGACAGGCAAGUAUUUUGAAUAUAAAGGGACUGAAAUGGUGGAGUAAAUUCUUAUCGUGAGGACGAUAAGAAUACUGAUACUUUUAACAGUAGAUCUCUGGUUUGUGACUUAAUUUUAAGUCUUAACCUGCAUUGCAACAGACAAAUCAAUAGUCUGAGGGGCAAAACCUCAAAUGAUUGAUUUAGCUUGUUUAUUAACAAUAACUAACUGACUGCUUUGUAAUAGUGUUUCUGUCUGCUGCACAGAUCUACGAGAAAACCCCAGGCAAUAACUGUUCUAGUUACAUCACACAGUCUCCUCUCUGGGGUUCCUGAUGUAAACCCCUGAGAUAAUUUGUGCAGAAAAUUUACUUUGGCAUUUACCUGCUGAGGGAGCUUCUCUGUAUCUAACCCAUGCUGUCCCUGUCCUGGGAGUGUGUGAUGGGACAGUGUAGAGGGAGCUUCACUCUGUAUCUAACCCGUGCUGUCCCUGUCCUGGGAGUGUGUGAUGGGACAGUGUAGAGGGAGCUUCACUCUGUAUCUAACCCGUGCUGUCCCUGUCCUGGGAGUGUGUGAUGGGACAGUGUAGGGGGAGCUUCACUCUGUAUCUAACCCGUGCUGUCCCCGUCCUGGGAGUGUGUGAUGGACAGUGUAGAGGGAGCUUCACUCUGUAUCUAACCCGUGCUGUCCCUGUCCUGGGAGUGUGUGAUGGGACAGUGUAGAGGGAGCUUCACUCUGUAUCUAACCCGUGCUGUCCCUGUCCUGGGACUGGGUAACAUAUUGGAACUUCUCUUUUUCUGGCUGAUUGUGUCCUUGUAGAAGGGAUCUUUUGGGCAGAUACUUUGAAUAUCCUGCUGUCAGCAGUGAGUUGAGUUUGAGUGAACUCCAAUACAGGAGUGGAAAAGCGGGAGGGAUAUGGCAUGGGAAUGGCAAAAGAGAUUUGUCAACCAAACUCCAAGCCUUCAGUUACAGUAACUUACAUAGGAUGUGACUGAGGGUAAGUGAAACUAGGAUUGUUCUUUUAAUGGAAAAGAGAUUAAAGGAAGAUGUAAUCAAGACAUCCUAUAGUAUGAAGGGUAGGUGAGAAUGUUUCCAGUGACAGAUACAGUCCAAAGCUCAUCUCUUGUACUGAGAAGAAUGAUUUGGUUUUAGACAAUGUCCACUUAGAGGGACAGGAUCAGUAACUUGGGGAUUAAACACAGUAUUCUGUCAAUACCAAAUGUGAUGGCUCAGAUGCUCUGUGAAGGUGAGAAACUAAUGUCAACUCCCCUGAGCAGAGCAGGAGCCUGGGUCAUCCGUGUCUUGCACAGUUGGUGUAUUCUGUCUCUGUAACACCCCCCCCCCCAACCCUCCAGAAUACAAUGGAGUCUGAUUUUAUUUGGAACUACUGGUAUUAAAGAGCGAUACAAUCUCAGAAUCCCAGAAGGAUUGGAAAGAUGAUUUUUCCAUCAGUGUGUCUACAGUGUUGGCAGCAUCUUAUAUCCCUGCUGAUUUUGUUUAGUUGAUCUAUCAGAAUUGCACACAAAGGCUUGUCACUGUUCCUCAGUAUGUGUGACCAUAACGAGCCAGUUCAGCAAUGCUGAUGACGGGUCUCCACCUAAAGUGUUCAUUCUUUGUUCAUCUCCAUACACGCUGACUGGCCUGCUGAGUACUUCCAGCAUUUUGUGGGUGUUGCUCAAGAUUUCCAGCAUUUGCAGUUUCUCUCAUGCCUAGAUAUAUAUUUUAUUCUCCCCAAACGUCCAUCAACUCUUCCCAGAUUGUACCCACCCACCCACCCCAAGGGCUAGUGAACAUACCAACCAUUAUGGUUUUGAUAUGUGGGAAACACUCACAAGAUGCUGGAGGAACUCAGCAGGUCGGGAGGCAUCUAUCGCAGAGAAUAACUCGGCAUCAUUUCAGGCUGAGACCAUUCAUCAGGUCUGGAAAGGAAGGACCUCUCCCCACCUUCUUAUUCUGGCUUCUGUCCCAUUCCUUUUCAGUUCUGAUGAAGGGUCCCAGCCUCAAACAUCAACUGUUUAUUCAUUUCCAUAGAUACCACCUGAUUUGCUGAGCUCCUCCAGCAUUUUGAGUGUGUUGCUCUGGAUUUCUUACAUCUGCAGAAUCUCUUAUGUUUGGGUAGUACCUCUGUAUUCUUGAGGCAAACUCUGCCAUCCCCUCUUAUGAAUCUUCCUCUGUGACAGCUAUCCGGGUCACUUGACAGCUCCCUCAUUUCCAACAGCUGCAACGGUCUGUCCCAAACCCAUCCCCCGCAAACCAAGAGGCUGACAGUAAUCCUGCUGAUGUGUACACUUGCAUGGACAGACCCACACACACGCACGCAGGGGUGUGUAUGUACAUCCUUACAUUCCUGGCCUUGCUCCCCUUACCCAGCAACACUGUUGAGAACGGCCACAGCCCCCGCUGUUGCCGGGAGUCCUCCAAGAGCAGCGCCUCGACUGUCCCAGCCUUUACCAGCAGGGGCAGUGGCGAGCUAUGUGUGAGAGUGUUUGCAACAGUAUGUUCUCUCCCAAUCAUCCACCAAGGUCUCCCUGCGUAACUUGGUUUGUAUAUCCUCCACCACGGCACACGAAUGCUUAGCCAUCCAUAUCUGUAUAUUUUGUAAAAAAAAUAUUAAAAAUCACAAU